CAAAUGCACCCUCCUCCACUGUACUAUACUGCUCUCUCUCCGUAACGCCUCCGCAAUAAAAGCUUCCCUUUCCCUUUCCCUCUUUCACUUUUGCUUCAACUAACUCUUCUUCAAUCUACUCCCCUCGCAACAAAUAUACGCUGCCAUCAUCUACCUCUUUCAGCUUGAAAUUCCGGCGUCCACUCACCCGCUCGUGGCCGUCUUGUCUUCCCCUUCUCCGACGGAGCUUCUGAACGACGGCGACGACUUGUCUCCCUAGAUUUUCGGGACCGCAUUUCAUGGAUCUGCAGCUCGGCACACGGGCAUUGUGUCCUACUCUUUCUUCUCUGCCUUGAAGCAUCAGUUGUUCGUGCGGGCUGUUUGAGCCUUUCUUUUGCUUUAUUUUUUCCCACUUGAGCUAUGCGGUCAGCUGCUUUGGUGGCCGCGGAGUUUGAGGCAGUGGAUUGUUGGUGGCGGAGAAGGAACCCUAGGGAUAUUUUUACUGCUCAUUCACUUGGAUCUUGGGCGGGGACGCUGUUGAGCUUGACGGUGUCCUGUAGUGUUUGAACAAUGGUGUUUGGUUUGGCUUCCUGAGAAGAAGAUGCGAACCUUGGUGCUGCUGCUGCUUUGCUUGCUUCGCCUUGUUUUUACUUGUUCAGGGAACUCAUUAUAUCACAUGUUUUUAACUCCUGAACAAACUACUCAGCGUGUACCUACAAGCGGAAUUUCGGUGAAACAAGCAAGGAAAACUUCGAAGGAUGUUCAACUUGGUCAUUCGCAGCCACCUCAGAAGCAUCUGUUUAGACCUGCUCAUAACCCAUCUUCUGCACCUGCCCCUGCCCCUAUCCCACUGAAUAAGGGUAUUACAAUCUCCUCUAGUCCUACAAUUGCUCCCUUACCAAGACGUCAUGGCCAUCAUGGACAUCACCAUCCAAAAGCAGCUGUAGUCCCUCCACCCCCUUCAGAAACAACGAGCUGUGACCAAACUUGUGUGGAUCCACUUACGGCUACUCCAUUCGGUUCACCUUGUGGCUGUGUUUUCCCUAUGAAAGUCAGACUUCUUCUGACUGUGGCUCCUUACACCGUUUUCCCAGUGAUGAAUGAACUAGAGGUUGAGGUCGCAACAGGGACUUAUUUGGAACAGAGCCAGGUCAAGAUAAUGGGUGCCACUGCUGAUAGUCAAAAUCAGGGAGAAACGGUGGUGGACAUUAACUUGGUUCCACUGGGAGACAAAUUUGAUAAUACCACGGCUAGUCUAAUUAAUCAAAGAUUCUGGCAUAAGAAAGUGCCUCUAAAUACGACUAUCUUUGGUAGUUAUGAAGUGGUGUAUAUUGUUUAUCCAGGCGUUCCUUCUUCGCCACCAUAUCCAAGUUAUACUGCCGGCGAUCCAUCAGGUAGUGGUGGAGGUCUACCAAUCACAGCCAAUCCAGUUAAGAAGGACAAAGGGAUCAACUUUAGGACCUUAAUAAUCAUCGCAUUAUCAGCAUUGGUGCUCUUGUUGGCCUUAAUUGGGGCAGUCUCCAUUUUCAUAAAAUGGAAAAAGUUUGGGAAACAGUCAAAUGCUGUUGGUCCUGCAUUCCCACAAUCUAUCAAUAAAAGAUCUGGUAUGAGCUUAUAUGAUUUCAACGAUGGUUCUGUUUUACUACUUACGCUGAAUUUUUCUGAGCUAGGAUGUGUAAUUGCAGGUUUUGGAUCCUUCUUAACAAAUAGUAUUGCGAGCUCAACAUCAGUAUCCCUCAUUUUUAACAUGGCUCCUUGCAUGUUAUCUGUGAAAGCAUUUAGUUAUCUGGAGCUUGAGAGGGCUACAGACAAGUUCAGUUCAAAGAGGAUCCUGGGGGAAGGAGGGUUUGGACGUGUUUACCAUGGUCUAAUGGAGGACAGGACUGAAGUUGCAGUGAAGAUGCUUACUAGGGCCAAUCAGAAUGGAGACCGUGAGUUUAUUGCAGAAGUGGAGAUGCUGAGUCGUUUGCAUCACCGUAAUCUCGUCAAACUGAUUGGUAUAUGCAUUGAAGGGCAUACACGCUGUUUGGUUUAUGAACUUGUUCAUAAUGGCAGUGUUGAAUCUCAUUUGCAUGGUGUUGAUAAACAAGGAUACCUUGACUGGGAUGCACGGUUGAAGAUUGCUCUUGGAGCAGCUAGAGGACUUGCCUAUCUACAUGAAGAUUCUAAUCCUCGCGUGAUUCAUCGAGAUUUCAAAGCUAGUAAUGUUUUGCUGGAAGAUGAUUUCACUCCUAAGGUAUCUGAUUUUGGCUUGGCAAGGGAAGCAACUGAAGGGAGCCAACAUAUCUCUACAAGGGUCAUGGGAACCUUCGGGUAUGUAGCCCCUGAAUAUGCAAUGACAGGGCAUCUGCUUGUCAAAAGUGAUGUCUACAGCUACGGGGUUGUGUUACUCGAGCUUCUGUCAGGGAGAAAACCUGUGGAUAUGUCCCAACCUCCAGGACAAGAAAACUUGGUAACUUGGGCACGUCCGCUUCUGACAACCAGAGAAGGGUUGGAGCAGCUAGUUGAUCCUUCCUUGGCUGGAAGUUACGACUUUGACGACAUGGCCAAGGUGGCAGCCAUCGCCUCGAUGUGUGUCCACCCGGAAGUAACUAACAGACCUUUUAUGGGAGAAGUUGUGCAGGCUCUCAAACUGAUCUACAAUGACACUGAUGAGACAUGUGCGGAGGACAACUACAGCCAAAAGGAGUCUUCUGCCCUGGAUGACUCGGACUUGAAAGGUGAUUUUGUUCCAUCAGAAAGUAGUUGGUGGAAUGCAGGUGCAGUCUCCCCUCGCAUAACGUAUGGGCAAGCCUCAUCUUUCAUUACAAUGGAGUACAGUUCAGGCACACUCGAAGAGUUGGAAAACCGACCACGCUCAGCCUCGAGUUUGCUUGGAGAACGAUUGUCAUCACCAAUCAGGCAUGGCAAUAGGUCUGGUCCUUUGAGAACGGUGAGAAGUAAGCCAUCCUUUUACAGAUUGAGAGGGAGUAUGAGUGAUCAUGGGAACCUCCCGGUGAGACGAACCGGGAAUGAUGAAUAUUGGGCAUAAGGUGGGUUUGGUCAUUCAAAGGGAGUGUACAGUCUUCUACAAAGGACUACCUGUAAGCUUUUUGAAUUGUUAUUUAUGGCUCUAUAGGAGAGGUUUUCGGUUCUCAAAUGUCUGGGGCAGAGGGUCUGGAGAACCCAGUUUCAUUGCUUAUGAAUCCUCAGCUUCUGAUUUGGAGAUCCUCAGAUUCAUUUAACUGUACAAGGUUUCACAAUGAAAGAUGUAUACCUGAAAUGGUGUACGUACUUUUGUCUUUUUUUUUAUAGCUUUAAUCUUGCCAACUUUUUCCCCUUGUUCUAUUCCUGAGUUUUGACAGCUUCAGAUCUCUUUCAUCGUCUCCGAGAAAGGGGAUAAGAAAAAGGAAUCGUCAAUUUUCGGUGAUGUUCGUAGAUGUCGGACGUGAAAGUUUUCUACUGAAGCAGUUACACCAAAGAAGGAUAAAAAAAGAAGAGUUCCCACUUUCAAAACAGA